CUUCAUACAUAUUUGUCAUCGACCACAAUAAAUACAUACACACACAUGGAGGAGAGGAAAUGUGUGCCCUGAAGUAAAAGAUGCUGGAAUGUUGGUGACCUUACUUUAUUUUUGAGUGAUACUCACUUUAAGUAUUCAGAAAUAGGUUCUGGGAAUUUUCGUGUCAUCCCUUCCUACAAUUAUCAGCCUGAGGUGUCAUUAAUAUUUGUUUGUGAUUAACCACCAGACACCUGCAGUGAACAUCUAUUGGGAUAUACAUGUACUAUAUGCUGUAUUAGUCUUGAGAGGAUUAUUAUUUGACAGUCAGAAAUGUUUUACCCUGUUUUUGCUGGAGCUGCUUCGAAGGGGAAGGCACGCUCUCCAAAUCUCCAAGCUUCACGAAAGUGGUCUCGGGCCAGCAAACCAAGUGUACGACAGAUUCAUACCAAAAUGUCGGGUAACUACUUUCACCGUGGAAUUUCUCGACUUCGGGCAGAAGAACUGCUCCUAUCUGCCGGGGAGGAUGGGAGUUUUCUCGUCCGGGACAGUGAAACCCUGCAGGGGGCAUAUGUCUUAUGUCUACUGUACCAGUCAAGGGUGCACCAGUACAGAGUUCUCCCGGGACAUGACAACAAGCUGUCCAUCCAGGCAGAAGGUGGCGCUCCUGAACCCAAGUACCCUGAUCUUAACUCCCUGGUGGCAGACUACAUAAAAAGGGGAGAUAAGAAUGGAUUAGCAUUUGGUCUGAAAUUCCCUGUCCCUCCCGACAAAGGAGAAGAGGUAGACUCAGAUCCAGAAAGCUCUACUGUAUGGAAUUAUUCGGAUGAAGAAUCUCCACUAUUGUCUAACGAAUUUACCGGGUUUUCAUUACUGCGAGAUGAUGACGAUUACCAGGAUAAUCCCCCUGUGGUCCCCCCACCUCCCAUGGUCCGGGAGAAUGUAAACAUCAAUGGCCUUGAUGCAAAUCCAGAAGAACAAAAAAUCAAGACCACCCUCUUGAAUAAUUUCUCCAGACUUGAUAAAACAAGUGUAGAGCCAGAGUUUUUGGAGGUUUUGAGAGAUUACUUUGAGAGGGGGAUAGAAACUGACGUAACAGCUGUAAAGGCAGGGGACACAAAUCUUCCAGAGUUUCAAAAACUUUUGGAAUUCUCAGCAAAAAACUUACAGAGAGAACUAGACAAGUUUCUGAGAAAGGUUCGGACAAUAAAUGACCUGUUGACGGUUCCUGAGACCUCGCCAUUGACCCGCUCACCGUCUAUGAUGGACAAGGGUGGAUCAACCAUUCCAGGCAUGUUAGAAAAAAUGAACAAAUGUAGAAGCAGUCUGAUGGCUUUAGACAAUAAAGUCCAGGAAACUCUGCGUUAUUUUUCUGUCUCUCUCUAUGAUUCUCUCCCCUUUGAGUCGAUGGAUUCGGAUCCACUACCGGAGUCUUUCACACCCUUGUUGUCGUCCCUCGGUAAACCACACAUUCCUAGAAGUGAUUUUGAGGUGAAGCUGAUACGAACGGGAAAACAGUCCAAAAUGACUCUGUCUGUUGAUAUACCUCAUGGAAAACUGUACGCUGUCAAGCCCUCAAAGGAUUCAUUUGACCCAAACAAUGUGUUCACCCAUGAGAGAAUAACACAGCUGGUUAAGAGCACCAAAGACAACACAAAGCUGGACAUGCUGAUACUGGAUGAAGAGAAGAAGAAAAAACAGACCAAGUUCUCCGUCGUCUUCUCGUCUGUCCACGUACGCGAGAACUUCUGUCAGCAGAUCAUGCAGAUGAAGAACAUGCAUUCCUCCAUUGUAGACGUUGACCAGAUUUCAGUGUUUGUGGGGACAUGGAAUAUGGGUGACAGUCAACCCACGGCGUCCAUCAACAGCUGGUUAAGGUGUAACGGUACAGGUAAACCUCGUGACCCACAGGUCCUGGGGGUCAUUCCACAUGACAUGUAUGUCAUUGGAACACAAGAGAGCGCCAUGACAGAAAAAGACUGGGUUAACUUCGUGAAAAACCACAUUAAGUCCUGUCUCAUGGCUGACGUAGAACUGGUGGAGGUUUGCACGUUGUGGGGGAUUCGGUUAGUGGUGCUAGUGAAGAAACAACUGCGUCAAUAUAUCAACAGAAUUCAACAUUCCACGGUUAGGACAGGCAUAGCCAAUACAUUAGGUAACAAGGGAGCUGUGGCAAUCUCAUUUUAUUUCAAGGGAACCUCAUUUUGUUUUGUCAAUUGUCACCUGACAUCAGGGGAUGAGAGAAAUGAGAGGAGGAACCAGAACUACCGUGACAUCAUUAAGGGCCUGUCCCUGGGGCAGAAACACCUGGGUCUGUUUGACGUCCUUAAUCAGUUUAAUCACCUGUUCUGGCUCGGUGACCUCAACUACCGAAUCGAGGACAAUAUUGCCACAAUUCUAGAAAAAUUGGAGUCCCGAGAUAUAGAAUACUUAAUAACCAAAGAUCAGCUGAAGAAAGUCCAGAGAGAAAAGAAGGGCUUCUGUGGUUUCUGUGAGGAAGACAUCUCAUUCAUGCCAACAUACAGGUUACCAAGGUUCCAGAUAGAGUACAAAUAUGACUGGAAGAAAGUCAAGAAAACAGGGGAGAGGAUCAAUGCUCCUUCGUGGUGUGACAGGGUACUGUGGAGGUCCUAUCCAGGCACAUACAUAGAAAAUCUAGCUUAUGGUUGUGCUGACAAGGUGCUUGGGAGUGACCAUCGGCCCGUGUUCUCAUCAUUUAACGUGGGAAUCACUUCAGACUUUGUCAUGAACAGGAAUUCCCUAACCACUGAAUCUCUGAUUAAAAUUGUAUUUCACCAAGUUGUUGCUCAAGUUAAAACAUGUUGUAAGCAGUAUUUUUACCUAGAAUUCCAUUCCACAUGCUUAGCAGAUGUGGUACCCAGUUCAGCCAAUACCAGUUUCCAGCAGCAUAAGACAGGAUUCUACACGUGUCCUGUGUGGGAGAAAAAACAGAUUCCUGAGCUGAGGCCUUUAUUCGGGGAUGAGGAGUACCUGGGGGAUCAGCACAUUCUGAUCGCUGUAAGGUCCAGGGACAGUGACAAUGAAUCUUAUGGUGAAUGUGUCGUAGAACUGAAAAAUAAGAUUGACAUCAACAAGCCCCAGGCAUUCGAGUGUCAGCUGCUUCACCAAGGGGAGGUCACUGGAAAAUUAAGUGGCCAGGUGCAUGCUUUGACAGGGUCAUUUACUCCCAGAAGUUCUAUCAAGAAAUCUUAUGAAUUGGUUGCGUUGGAUACAGAAUAUAUUGAUCCAGAAUUGAUGCAUUCAGAUUUGCCACCCUCAGCAGACACCCUAUCCCCCCUAACGGGCCCCCAGAUUAGUGGCAGCCAUGCCACCCUAACCCAUGUACAGAGCAUGCCUGCUGCAUUACUAGACAAACCUCCCAUUCCUAUUUCAUCGCGCCCCGCAGUGGAUGAUCUCCCGCAAGUAUACAAGUAUGGUGAUGUCCAAUCAAGUGCAUUGUUUCAAAAACAAUUGGAAAACAUUCUUUGUGAUUCGAGCUCCAGUCGAAUCCGGAUUCCUCCACCCACAGGACCAGGGGCAAUGCAGGCCUCCCAUAAAUCAGCACCAGUGGGGUGUACUGUCACAGAACCUCCCAAUAAACCACCACCUCCUGUACCCAAAAAACAGCCCAGCUAUGUCAAUAUACCAAAACAGAAGAGUCCUAUUGGUGACUGGCUGAGAGGGAUUAACCUUCCACAGUACCAGGACAACUUCAUCAAGAAUGGUUUCGAUCAGCUUCAGUUCCUCAAAAACAUGUCCAAAAUAGACUUAAUGGAGAUCGGGAUCCGUAACAUGAUUCACAUUGACUUGAUACUAGAGAGUCUCAAAAGAAUGAGUCUGUGAUGAACUGUAGCUCUACUGCAUAGAGUCUUAGGCUAUGAGUGAAACAGUUCCAAUAUGCUGAAAAACUUGGUCCAAAAAGAAAUGUGUAAUCCAGAACUUAGGAGUAUGAUUUCAUUGUGCUGAAUUAACAUAGUAUUCAGGUGGAGACCAUCAAUAUGCCAGAUUAUUUAAAUGUGUCUGGUUGACAGGGUCCUACUGGACAUAAAGGUGUUUCAUUCCUCCAUCACUUUUAGGACCAAAAAUCAAUGGAUUCUUUGUAAUACAUAUGUGAAUGAGACUGAUUAUUUAGUACAACUCUAUGCAACCUUCAGCAUUGACCAAACUUUCUCAUGAGUGUUGUUUUCAUUAGGUAUUCACCCUUCACAUAAACACAAACUAAUAGAAGACAUGUUAUUUUUAUAAAGUCUUCAUUUCUUCUGAACAUUUGUCUUUAUUUAUGAAGUUUUUCUUUAUAUGGUACAGAUUAAUGAAUCUGACUUGGUGCUCAAAGUGUUUUAGAAUCAGUAUUUUUAUAUCUUCAUUGCAGAAGUGCCCAAUAGUCAGUGUUCUAGAGUAUCUGUUGUACAGACAAGCAGACAGGACUUUUUAUCUGAAUUUACGUACAUGUACAUACAUGUAUGUGACUGUUUUUCAGAUAUAUAAAAAAAUAUAAUAUUUAUAUGACACUUCAUUGCUUGAAUAUUACAUUAGAUAAUUUUUUAGGGUCUUGAAGUACUUAUAUGUAAAACCUAAUAUAUUGUUAUCUCAAUACAUGUAUAAUACUUACCCUUUCAAUAUUUAGAAGUGUGUUGUAUCAAAACAUUAAUUGUCCCUGUUAACAGACAGUUUGUUAUUGAAUUCAGCAGAAAAGAUGAGAAUUUCAAUCAUGAAAGGUUAUACACGUAUUUGACUGUUUUAAAUUAUAAAUAGACCAAAAAUUUUAAACAGCAUUAAGCAGAUUGAUGUAUUUUGUUAUAAUUUUUAACUUAUUGAUAAAUUUAUUUUUCUUUUUAAAAAAAAGCAUACAGAGGUGCUCAAGACUGAUAGUUUUCUUGUAUUAUUUUUGAGUAAGCUGUCUAGUUUUGUGUUGUUUUUGUGUACAGCAGGAUCUGUACAACCAUACUUUGUGACAAUGUCUAAUUCAUACAUUUACAAUCUUGACAGACAAAAAUAAUCUUCAAAAAAGUAUUGUGAGAAGUGUGCUAUUUUACAAAAUAUUCACUUCUAGUUUUUCCCCUAACACAUUAGCAAAGAAAUACAAGGUACUUUAGAAUACUUUUUUUCAAUCUAAAUAUAUAUCCAUGGUUUCACCAAUUCUGUACUUACUCUAACAAACUGUGAUAAUGAGGUGCUUGUUGACCAUUCUCAUUUCUGACUUUUAUUGCUCAUUUACCUUUUUUCUGAUUCAUGCAUGAUGAAUACAUGAAUUACAUCUUUUAUUCUAUGUUUCUGUUUCAUUUUAUUAUUUAAAUAUGUAUUUUUAUUGUCCAUCCCUUCAGUUAUACCCAAUACUCUUUCCCUGUUUUAUACUUAUAACCUUUCUUUGGAAUAAGGAUGAGAUUUAUAUUUAAGCAUGUUUUCUUUUUUUUUAUUUCAAGAGAGGUUUUUUAAAAAUUGUCAUCAUAUGAAGGUCCAAAUCCCUUGCCAGUAACCAUCUUCCCUUUUAAAAAAAAAUAAAAUUCUUUCAGCACAAUCCCAUGAAUACAGAACACUUUAACACUAGUAUAUCUUAAGCUUAGUGAGUAUUAGUAGAGAUUUCAUUUUCUCACAUUGCAGAAUUUUCAACCACCCAAAGAAAACUGAAAUAAUGCUAUCAUAAUCAGUCACUGUUUAUCUGCAUGUAUUUCAGUUUUCUUUGAGUGGUUGAAAAUUCUGCAGUGUUUUGUAUUCAUGAGAUUGUGCUGAAAGAAUUUUAAUUUUUUUUUUAAUUUGCAAAAGUUACAAAAACUUCAAAACAAAACCAUUUUACCAUUCUUUGAUUUAGUAGAAAUGCAAAAGAAGAAAUUAAUUAAGGAUAAUCAUACAUAAAUUAAUGCACUUGAUCUCAUUAGAUAAAUUAUUGCUGCUACCAUUUAAUUUUGAAAAGACAACACAACCAAUGAACAAAUUUUUACAAAACUUUUAUAUAAAUAUACCAUAUUUUCCAUGACCAAUUUUGUAUGUAUUGUUUUCAUAUUGUACUGUCUCUCCACUGAAUUGUAUUCAUUGUCUUUGUUACUGCUACAUUGAUACAUGUAUAUACACAUGUACAUGUGUAUGAUAAUUUGUUUAUAAUUUUUUUUUAUAAUUUGUUUGUACAUAUACAUGUAUGAUGUAUAUGAAUCGUGGACAAAUAUAAAACAUUUCUCAUUUUAAA